AUGCCACAAUCGAGUCUCUGCCCCGGCCAAUCACAAAGCCGCCCGCUGGCGUCACUGGCGAGCCCCACCUCGAGCCUGAGCUAUCCUGCUGCUGGAGCCCCUCCCCCUCGCUUCCCGUCUGUUGCUACCGCUGCUGCUUCCUCCAUCUCUACCUCUGCCUCUGCUGCAAAUCCCGCUCGUGCCCAGCUGCGGACAGCUUCGUCGCGGAGUGCCCAGAUCGCGAGACACCUGUCGUCAUCAUCGUUGUCACAGACACAGCCGGCUAGGAGCUACAACACCGACACCAAGAUGUCGUCCCCCUACACCAUCCGCAAGGUUGGCCAGCCCAACACCAUCGACCACCGUGUCUACAUCGAGAAGGAUGGCGUUCCCAUCUCGCCCUUCCACGACAUUCCCCUCUAUGCUAACCCUGAGGGCACCAUCCUCAACAUGAUUGUUGAGAUCCCUCGCUGGACUAAUGCCAAGCUCGAGAUCUCCAAGGACGAGCUCCUCAACCCCAUUAAGCAGGACACCAAGAAGGGCAAGCUCCGCUACGUCCGCAAUUGCUUCCCGCACAAGGGCUACCUCUGGAACUAUGGUGCAUUCCCCCAGACCUGGGAGGACCCCAACUCCAUCCACCCCGAGACCAAGGCCAAGGGCGACAACGACCCGCUUGAUGUCUGCGAGAUCGGUGAGCUCGUCGGCUACACCGGCCAGGUCAAGCAGGUCAAGGUCUUGGGCGUGAUGGCCCUUCUCGACGAGGAGGAGACCGACUGGAAAGUCAUCGUCAUUGACGUCAACGACCCCCUUGCUCCCAAGCUCAACGACGUUGAGGAUGUCGAGCGCCACCUGCCUGGUCUACUCCGUGCCACCAACGAGUGGUUCCGUAUCUACAAGAUCCCUGAUGGCAAGCCCGAGAACCAGUUUGCCUUCACUGGCGAAUGCAAGAAUAAAAAGUACGCCAUGGAUGUCAUCCGUGAGUGCAAUGAGGCUUGGGAGCGCCUAAUCACUGGCAAGACCCCCGCUGGCAACAUCUCUACUGCCAACUUGACUGUUGCCCACUCGGCCAGCCGUAUUUCUUCUGAGCAGCUGCCGCCUCUUCCUCAGAACCAGGAGCUUCCUCCUGCCCCGAUUGACCCCUCCAUCGACAAGUGGUUCUUCAUCAGCGGUGCUGCCGCUUAA